AUGCGGGACAUGGCAGCUCCCUACAACAAGAAUCGGAGCAAAGUGGCUUGCUCAGUAUGUCGAGCGAGAAAGACGAGAUGCGAUGGGGCCAAGCCCAAAUGCUCUUUCUGUCUGGAAAACGGCUGUGUCUGCAAAUACGAAACUCCUCCACAAGCUGGCGGUUCUAGUCGUACGGUGGAGACCAACAUCGAGACCAUUCUCACAAAGAUUUCAGUCAUUGAGAAAUGCCUUAGUUUGUCGAGAGGGGCAGGGUCACAGUCGUCGCCGGCGUUGACUAUUGGGUCACCCGACGAGACCUCGACACGUGAGAAAGAAGGCCAUCGCUCAGGAAGAGGCUUUGCUUCUCUCACAAUCAAAGAUGAUCAAUUUGCGGCAAUCAUAUUUCACACCGACAUCAACUUGUCAAGACACGCUCGCUCUCUAGAGAUACACCAUGCCUUGGAGUAUGAAAACAGCGGCAGGGGAUCGGUGGCGAUUUUUCGUCACAGCCCUCAUGAGUUGGGACAAUUGUUCUUCCGUCACACAUACAAUUGGUACCCGAUCUUGAACAAGAGAGACAUCUUUGAAAAACUCCCUCUAAUACAAAAUACCGUCUGUCCACCAAGUCCGGACUCCUUUUUACUGCUCAUGGUGCUAGCGAUCGGCAGUCUGAAUGCGAAUGAUUCAAUAGGGACAUUCCAGGCUGAAGAGUUUCACGCGCAAGCCUUGUCGAUGCUCGGAUGUGUAUUGGAAGAGGUCUCAUUACGGUCGGUACAAUGCGUCAUCUUGCUCACUAUAUUCUACGGGCUCAAGUUCAUGCCCAUGAAGGCUCAAGAAUACAUUUCGAUGGGAUCCAUCAAGAUGCAAAACCUGAUGGAGAUACAACCGGUCAACAAGUCGGUGGAUGAUGCAUCAGGGGACAUCAUUUACGAUCUCGAAGAAUACGAAACAAGAGCGUUUUGGGCUUUGUUCAUCUUGGAAAGUGAAUAUGCCGGUACGCUACAUUUUGCCAACACGGGGUUGUUUUCCUAUGCGGGCAAUAUAAAAUUCCCUUCCCUGAGAGAGGAGCCGUAUCAUUGGACACCAGGGUCUCCCGAAUCAUUAGAUUCAUCUGCCAUUGAUGAGCCAGACCCUCAUUUCCUGGCGGAGAUAGGGGUGAGAAAGAUCAUUGACAGGACAUGUUACACGUUCAACAGCUACUCGGAGUCGUCCAAUUCCACCACCAUCACCACCACCAAUAGGAGGACACCCUUUGCCGCCAUUGUCGCCAAAGAAUUGCAAUCUCAGCUCGAUGAGUGGUAUCUCUGUUUGCCGGACUCCAUCAAAUUUGACAAGUCAACAUGGUACAACAACAAUACCAGACACAGCACUAGAGCACUCAUCAGAGCACAAUAUUUUGCUACCGUAAUACUAAUGUAUUGGCCAUGCAUGAUGGAAAUCAUCAUGACUGGAGGGGAGGAGUGCCAAUCUCAGGAACAUCGAGAUGCAUUCAAAACGUCCAUCGACUCAUACAUCCAGCUGGUGCUGUGUGGAACAAGCGUCCGACUCUCAGAGUUGCCUACGGUGUGGCCCCAUGCCGUGAGCAUAUUUGCCAUGACGGCGACAAUCAUACGUAUGACUCAGAGAACUUCACUUCGUUACGACAAACCCGACGAACUGGAAUCUAGUAUCCAGCGUUCUUUUGCUUUUCUCGAGGCAAUGAUUCACUGCAGUCCUAGUAUCAGAUACUUUACUGUCAUCUUGCACGACUUGCAAAGCCAGUGA